AUGAUCAGCAAAAAAGAAGAAUUAGAGGAAUUGAACUUUUUAGAUCGGAAUACCAAUAGAAAUAGGAUGCCUGAGUUUUUUAAAACAUUUUGUUGUAAAUGUGAUUCGGGGUGCGAUAGAUCCAUGAUAUGUCUACAUUGUGGAGAUAUAAACUGUGGCCGUGACGACAGCGAACAUGCCAUUAAGCAUUCGAAAAUAUAUAAGCAUCCAGUGGCCAUGGAUUGCAUUACAUUCGACAUUUACUGUUAUGAACAUGAUGAUUCCGUACAAUUAGACUUUGAAACCCCUUUGAAGUCUCUUAUUAAAUCUCUAAAGAUUUUAUUUGAGCGAGUAGAUUUUAUAGAUGAAAGCGAUGAAGAUGAGGAGAACGCCGCUCCGCCGAACUCUGUGAAAGAAACUGAUUCAGCUGAAGCAGUAAUUGUUCCUCAACUUGCGAAAGAGUUCAAAGAAAUUAGUGUUGGAAAAACGAAACAAAAACCAAAACGUCUAUCGAACGCCGAGAAAAAAGCAUUGAAGAAAAAAGAGCGAGAGGAAAUGAGUAAAGGAAGCAAGAAAUCGUCUCCAAUUGAGAAUAAUGACACCUCAAAUCCUAGAGGAUUGAAAAAUUUGGGGAAUACCUGCUUUAUGAAUGCCGCUCUUCAAUCGCUCUUUUCAAUUCCCGAAUUUCAAGAGGCCAUGUGCAAUCUUAAAGAUGAAUUUGAAGAUGGUGGCAAAAAAAUACCUUUAACCGAUUUCCCCUUGCUAUCUGAAACCAAGAAAUUGGCGAUUGAAUUAGUGAAAAAAUCGAUUCGAGACUGUCAUAAUCCAACCAAUUUCCGGAAGUGCUUCAUUACUCAUUGCCCAAGAUUCAGAGGAUUCCAGCAGCACGACGCCCAUGAGUUUUUGCGUUAUUUCAUCGACGAAUUGCACACGGAGCUCAAAAAAGCCGAAAAAGACGCCGAAUCGACGGCGAUAACCGAGAUUUUCGAAGGCAAAUUGAAUAGCCGAGUGAUUUGUCUGAGUUGCAAGAAUCGCAGCAACAAAAUUGACGCGUUCAUGGAUUUAUCGCUCGAUGUACCAAAGUCGAACAAUGUGAGACUAACUGAUUGCUUGAAAGACUUCUUCGAAUUGGAAAUUUUGGAUAAAUUCGAAAAAUAUGAGUGCUCGAAGUGUAGAACAAAACAAGCCUCAAGCAAACAAAUGUUUAUCAAAAAAUUACCAGAGGUUCUUUGCCUGCAAUUGAAACGAUUCCAAAGUAACGGCGGCAAGAAUUCGUCGCUAAUCGAGUAUCCUAUGGAGAAAUUGUCGUUAGACUUUUACCUAGCUGAGGACGCUGAAGAAGUUGGAAUCGAAUAUGAUCUAACUUCAAUUGUUGUUCAUAUUGGACAUGGAACUGGUUCCGGCCACUAUAUCGCGUUCGGCAAACGCGGUUCGCGUUGGUAUCAAUUCGACGACGCGCAAACGCGCAUUUGCGCCCCAUACGAGCUGCUGAAACAAAAAGCCUACGUGUUAUUCUACACCAAACGGGUGUCAUCUACUUAA